AUUGAUCUUUUUGACAACCCUACUAAAAACAACGUACCGAAUUUCGCAUCUGAUUUUUUUUGUAAUUAAUAUUAAAUAAAAAUGGUUAAAGCUGUCUGUGUAAUUAACGGAGAUGCCAAGGGCACCGUUUUCUUCGAGCAGGAGACUAGCGAGGCUCCCGUGAAAGUCACCGGGGAGGUGCUGGGCCUUGCCAAGGGCCUGCACGGAUUCCAUGUUCACGAGUUCGGGGACAACACCAACGGUUGCAUGUCGUCCGGGCCCCACUUCAAUCCACGCAACAAGGAGCACGGUGCCCCAACCGACGAGAAUCGCCACUUGGGCGACUUGGGCAACAUCCAGGCUGCCGGAGACAGCCCCACGGCCGUUAGCAUCACCGACUCCAAGAUCACGCUGUUCGGUGCCGACAGCAUCAUUGGACGCACCGUGGUCGUCCACGCCGAUGCUGAUGACUUGGGCAAGGGUGGCCACGAUUUGAGCAAGACCACUGGAAAUGCCGGCGCCCGUAUUGGCUGCGGUGUCAUUGGCAUUGCCAAGAUCUAAGCGAGCGAAUGGAGAUGGAAGCUGGAUGGAACAUAUAUAAUAUGGUAACGAUUAUGAAGAAAAUUCGGGUUACCUACUUUCCCCUUCGCACUAUCAAUUGGAAAAUAACAUACAUAUACGAUAUACUUUGGCCUGUGGGUAUGUUAGGUUAAGUGUAUCCACAACCUUUGAGGUUCAAUAAAAUGGUGUUUUUAAAUAGGUCAAAAAUCAACUACA